AUGGCCGUCCUAAUGGCCAAAUGCGAGAGGCUUCGGCAGGCUUACUCGGAUUACAAGCAUCUCUCGACGGACAACUUGUCUUUCGUGGCGGGAUUGCGAGGCCGGCCUGUCCCCGCCCCGGGUGCGGACCUCGGGCGGUGCAAGGUUCGCCGGCGCCCCAAGCCCGAUGAUGUCCCCAAGAGUGAAGACGACGAGAAAGUCGAGGAGGACGAUGAUAGCUCUCUGGAAAGCCAGGGUGCGAAACAAGCCUGCCCGAGCCGCUCUUGCGCCCCUAGAGUAGAUAAGCUGGAGGCUAUGACGGAAAAGAGGGUGGCGGCACAAACAGCCCGGCAAAAGGCGCAGUCGAGGCUGGGGUCGGCGCGCGAGAGGUCCCAGGAGGCAGAGACCAAGCUGGAAGAGGCCAAGGCAGAACUGGUACGCAUGACCAAGGCCAUCGCAGAGGGUGACGAGAGAACGGAAGCUCUUCAGGACACGCUGCGCAACGAAGGAUCGAUCAACAAGGCCGUCGCGGAAGAGCUGGAUAUGUUGCUCGUGGAGGCGAUGAAUCUGCGGAGGGAGUUUGUCGUUGACACCCUGCCGCCUAGGCCCACCACCGUGAUCGUUCCCGUCGACGAGGGGGAAGAGGACAAUGAUGCUCCCAGCUACCAAGAGGACGGGAGAUCCCUCGAGUCUCCCGUCAUAGCACCCGGACAACAGCUCCUGGCGAGAGAUGGCGGUGGCAAGGGCGUCGGCAGCGGCGGCGGCGGUGGCGGCCCCCACGACGGCAGCAGGGAGUGGAUCCACAGCGGGCGGCUCGCGCACACGGGGAUUUUCGUCCGCCCCCCAAGGCCAAAAAGCCGCGGCGGCGGCGGCGGCGGCGGCGGCGGCGGCGGCGGUAGCGGCAACAGAAACCCUCCCUCCUCUCCGCAGGAAAGCAGCAGCGACCAGCAGAGAAACAGCGGCGACAGCAGCAGCAGUGGCAGCCGUUCGGGCCUGCUGGAGGCGGCGGCGGCGGCGGCGGCGGACGCGGCAACGGGUCGCGACGGCGGUGAGGGGGUUGGGGUUGAGGCGGAGGCGGCGGCAGGUGACUACGGGGGUGGCAGCAAGGGCCGGUCCGAAGGGGAGGACGCCUGGUCGUGCUGCGGGAAGCCGGUCUUGAGCGCUGGCCGUGGGUGCGAGCCGCGGGAGCCGCUCGCAACGCCGGAAGACCUGCUCCUUGAUACGAUCGAUCCGAGGUCGAGGUUGGGCCAGCCGUUGGACUUUCGGGACUUCCUCCCCCAGAUAGCUUGGUUGGGGCUGUCGCCAGACCCGGUGCGCCCUCUGCCCGGAAGCCCGGGCGACGGCACCCUCCGCCCCCACACCGCCCCGGAAAGGCUGACGGACGCUGCCGGGCAGUGGAGCCCUCAAGGGUGGGCAGGAGGGGACGCGAAUAGAGAGUACGACCGACGAGCAUCUAGGAGUAGAAACGGGGGGCUAGUGGGGGGGGUGUGGGCGAGCGGAGGAAGGAGGAGGCGUGGGCCGGGGGGGGGGUUGGGGGUAGCGCAUCCCCCCUCCCUGGACAGCGGCGUCAACACCUGGUGGAAGAACAAAACGCCCCACCAGCGGGGCGGCCGCGGUGGCGGCGGUGGCGGCGGAGGCGGCGGCGCCAACGGAAGGGGUUCGAGGACGGAGGCAGGAGAGGCGCCUCUUCUUCCGAAGCGGCACGCGUUUCUCCGCCGAUCCCAUCCCACCGCUACGACGGCGACGUACGCGUCGUCUCGCUCGGGCACUACCCGCAACAACGGCGACGCGCGGACGGGCGGCGGCGGGGAAAGCACUUCUACCGCCGCCGCUGCUGCUGCUCGUGCCGCAGCGUCAGCCGCGGGCGUUGAUGAGUUUUGGCCAAGGACUCAGAUUCUGGGGAUGAACGGGGGUAGGUUGCCGACAAGAGUGAGGCAGGUGCCAAUCGACAGGCCGCUCACCGCGCCCUGCGGGAAGGUCGGGCGGCGGAGAGUGCGGACACGCGGCGGCAACAAGGGGGGCGCCAACAGACCUUGA